CAAGGAUACUAGACUCUAUCUGUUGGCAGCAUGUUACCGCGUGAUCAUUGUCUACCUGAUACUUACUACAACAUGAAAAAAUUUGUCUCAGAGUUAGGUCUUCCCAUGAUUAAAAUUCACGCUUGCCCAAUGGGAUGCAUGUUAUUUUGGAAGAACGAUGAGGCAUUGACCCAUUGUAAGUUUUGUAAUGCGGAUAGGUACAAACCUAUAUCAGCCAUGACUCGGAAACCACGCAAAAGGUCUGCGUCAUCUAAGUUGAUAUAUCUUCCUUUAGCCCCACGGUUGCAAAGGUUGUAUGCCUCAAAUGCCACGGCUAAACACAUGACAUGGCAUGUGGAACAUGAGACUGAAGAUGGGUUAAUGUGUCACCCAUCAGAUUCUGAGGCGUGGAAGCAUUUCGAUCGGUGUUAUCCACAAUUUGCUUUUGAGCCACGCAAUGUUCGACUUGGGUUAUGUGCUGAUGGCUUUGCCCCGUAUGGCCAAUUCGGGGGACAAUUCUCAUGUUGGCCAAUUAUCAUUACACCAUAUAAUCUCCCCCCUGACAUGUGUAUGAAACAACAUUUUAUGUUUUUGUCAUUAAUGUGUCUAGGACCGGGUAAUCCAAAAAAGAGAAUUGAUGUAUACCUGCAACCAUUGGUGGAAGAGCUCAGACAGUUAUGGGAUGUAGGUGUUCCCACAUAUGAUGUUUCCAGGAAUCAAAUAUUUAAUUUGAAGGCUGCAGUUAUGUGGACAAUUAGUGAUUUUCCAGCAUAUGGAAUGCUUUCUGGCUGGAGCACCGCCGGUCUGAUGGGGUGUCCUGUUUGUAUAGAGAAGUCAAACACAUUUUGGCUCAAGAAUAGCCACAAGCCAUGUUACUUUGAUUGCCAUCGAAGAUUCCUUCUUCAGAACCAUCCAUAUCGAAAGGAUAAGAAAUCAUUUCUAAAGGGGCGCACUGAGCUUGAUCCACUACCAAUGAGGUUUACAUGAUAUCAAAUUUAUGAUCGCGUGCGCUCUAUCCCUACUGCCAUAGAUGAUCCUCUUCAGUAUCCAGAGGGAUAUCUGAUUCAUCAUAAAUGGACGAUCUUCUUAUUAGGCAUAACUUGGAUGUCAUGUAUAUUGAAAAAAAAUAUUUUUGAUAACAUUUUUAACACAGUGAUGAACUUAAAGGGAAAAACCAAGGACGGCCUAUCUUCAAGAAAAGAUGUGGCAUUUUAUUGUGAUAGACCGAAAAUUGCUAUGAGCCCAGAUUACGAAGGUCCCUUCAAGAAAGCAGUUUACCAGGUGAUCGAUGAACAGAAACAAAAAAUAUUGGAGUGGCUUAUUCAGCUACGGUUUCCUGAUGGGUACACAUCCAACUUCCAUAGAUGUGUAGACUUAGAGAAAUUGUCAAUGAAGAGUAUGAAGAGCCACGAUUGUCACGUCCUCAUGCAACGAUUACUUGUUGUUGGUAUGAGGGAAAAUGUUCCGGAUAAUGUAUGGGCGUGCAUUAGUGAUGUUUGUCAAUUGUUUCUGUUAAUACGCUCGCCUGUAUUAAGCCGAACUGCUUUGGAGGAACUUCACCGUAAAGCUCCCACUAUUAUGUGUAAUCUAGAAAAUGACUUUCCUCCAUCCUUUUUUGAUGUAAUGGAACAUUUACUAAUUCAUCUUCCAUUUGAAGCUAUGAAGGAAGGUCCUGCAUUUUAUCGAUGGAUGUACGGAUGUGAGAGGUUUUUACGGGAGUUGAAAAAAAAGGUGACAAAUAAAGCACACGUGGGAGCUUCUAUCUGCCAAGCGUACAUCACAGAAGAGGUGUCUACAUUUUCCUCCUACUAUUUUGAAAGAGAAGUCAUGACUAAGCGAAAAAGACCUGCCAGAAAUGACGAUAUUGAUCCGGGAUUGUAUGACCAAAUGAUUUCAAUCUUCAACUAUCCUGGGAAAGGUUAUGGUAGAAGAACGCACCGUCAUGUGGUGGGAGAUGAGUUCUGCAUUGCACACACCUACAUUUGGAUUACUGUCCAGAAGUUAUUCCCUUCUACAAUGAGUUUAGAGAAUGUUUACAAGAUUAUUCAAGUGAGGAGGUCGAUUUGAUGAUCGCGAGUGAUUUUGCAUCAUGGUUCAAAAGCGUGAUAUUAAGUGAUGAUAAAAAGGGUACUGUUGAUCCGUUUUUGGUUUCACUAGCAUGGGGGCCUUCAACAUUAGCACAAUGUUGGUCUAUAUACUAUGUGAAUGGUUACAAAUAUCAUACUCUUGCCUACGGAAACAAUAAACCCACAAUGAAUAGCGGAGUCAGUGUCCCGACCUGCAAUUAUGAUAAUUCAGAGUCUAAUUUUUUUGGAUAUGUGGACGAGAUACUCCAGAUGAAAUUUCCAGAUCAAAAUGACUUAUCCAUUGUACUAUUCCGAUGCACUUGGGUUGAUCCUGUGAGGGGUGUGAUACAACAUCAAAAACAUAACUUAGUCGAUGUUAAUCAUACACGAGUUUACAAGAAAAAUGAGCCAUUCAUUUUAGCUCAACAGGCUGUCCAAGUAUAUUACGCGAAAUAUCCGACUACAAAGAAAAAAUCUUCUGCGUGGGUCAGCGCAUGCACAAUUACACCGAGAAAAAUUGUUUCUCAUUCGAUACAUAAAAAUGUUGAUAUUGAUGUUUAUCAACAAGAGUUUUUCCAACCUCCAGCUCCAGAAAUUUAUGCGGGACAUAUCGACUUGGAAGAUCCAACUGACGCAGAAAUAGACCAUGAUCCCAACGACGGCAUUGACGAAAUAUCUCAGCAUGAAGAAGACGAUUGGAACUUUCAGUCGGAGGACACUGAUGAUGAAGAGUACAUGGACAAUCCUGACUCAGAUCCUGACUCAGAUGAAUGAACAUUAUUAUUGCCUUUUAAUCUGUAUUUUUAUUUAAUUUGUAGGUGUUGUUGUUGUAUCCCAUUUUAAUUAUUCCCUUCAUUGAUAAAAAACAAUAUUCCCUUCAAACAAUAAAUUAAUUAUGAAUCCUAA